AUGAAGUUGGAGAAUCAAAUACUGAGCAUAGAUAUAAAUCACAUAAAAAAUUUUAAUUAUGAACAAUUCAUCAAUGAUGAUGAAGACCCGGAUAAAAUUUAUGUAGUUGAGUGGCACGAUUCAGUAAAAGAACCACUGGGUGGUUGGACGUGCUAUAGUGCCCAAGUUAUUGCGGUCUCAGAUUCUCUAGUCAAGUUAAAUAAAAAACUUAAAGCUAUUGAUGGAAUUCAAUCUCCUAAACGUUGUGUUGCUCAUGAGGUAACUGAAGAAAGUGGACCCAGUAAAAAUGACAUUCCUGAAAAAAAUGAAAAAGCAACAGUUAAUGAGCCAGAAGUGGUAGUAUGUGAUACUGAAAUUGACAAGAGUCCGAAGGUUAAACGUAAAAAAUUAUUUGAUGACAGUAAGAGUUCAGAAGAGAUUGAAAUUCUAAAUGAUGGAAAAUCAAAGACUACUGAAUCAUUAUCUCCUCCCAGUGUUAAUGACGGUGAAUUUAAAGAUUCAGAUGUUGAAAUAAUUAAAGGCAAGGAUGUAAAACCAUCAGGUACAUCUGAAUUUGUAACUAAACAAGAACUAUCAGAAGCUAUUACAAUGGCAGUUAAUAAAAUUCUGUCAGCAAUGCCAUCAACAUCAUCAGCUACCUCAACACUGCGUGCUAAUCCGUCAAAAAACUAA